GCACCGUUUAUUAGUCAACAGUUGCUGAGCGAACACGUCAACAUGGAAAACUGUUUUCUUCUGUUUAUUGUAGCGAAUAUACUUGUUUUCGUUAAUUCUUUUCCAGUUGAUCUUAAAGAAGUUAUCAAUAAUAAUAAAUGUAACUUUCCACCAGUAUACUUAGCCAGUGACGAUAGAUUUGUCACACAGUUUCAACCUUGUUCCCGUCCGGAGGGGGUUCUCGCAGAUAUUUGUGCAAACAUUACAUUAGAGUCAAGUUUAUGCGAUAUCGAUGCAAUUUCAAGGUUGCCAGCUUCAAAUGUAACAUGGGAACUUUUCAAAGAAACUGAAAGAAAAGAAGAACAUUUGACAAAGAUAUGUGGGUACAUGACAACAUUUCCAUGGACUGCGGAGGAGUGUCAAAGAACAUGCAAUGAAUCAUUUUUUAUUUGUGAUUUGUAUGUGGCAAUGGAUAAAGUAUUGCGCAGAUUUUUUGAAAUGGAGGUAAAGGAUUACACAUGUCUUCAUGACUUUAUACAUUCCGGUAAGCUGAGUUUCCUCUUUCCUUAUCCACCGCGUGGAGCCCUCGACAAUUUUGAUCUGUUACAAAAAUGUGGGACACCAACAGAAGAUGAAACUGUUAAACAGCUGUGUAAUGUUAUGACAGAAGUUGCUGUGUCUUUCCUGAAGAACAGAGUUAGUGCAAAGUUUCAUGAAGAUUUAACAGUAAGAAAUGUAACAUCUCAAUGGGAUCCUUGUAGAGGAAUGUCUGCCUUUAAUACAUUCAGUGCUUCAAACAACUUCAGGUCACUUACAGAGAACUGUGGUGGACUUUGCGCAAAUCAUACAGGAAUAUGUAAAUCGAUUUAUCUUGGAUUAGAGAAAUACCAACAAGCCACAGCUGGUAGAUCAAGUUUAACUGGGUCACAACAGCCAGCACAGCAGCCUUCCGUAGCUAUUUCUGGGUCUGGACAGCCAGCGCAACAACCGGCUGGAACUUUGCCUGAGUCAGGACAGCCAGCACAACAGCCUGCUGGAACUUUGCCCGAGUCAGGACAGCCAGCACAACAGCCGGCUGGAACUUUGCCCGAGUCAGGACAGCCAGCACAACAGCCGGCUGGAACUUUGCCCGAGUCAGGACAGCCAGCGCAACAGCCGGCUGGAACUUUGCCCGAGUCAGGACAGCCAGCGCAACAGCCGGCUGGAACUUUGCCCGAGUCAGGACAGCCAGGGCAACAGCCGGCUGGAACUUUGCCCGAGUCAGGACAGCCAGCACAACAGCCUGCUGGAACUUUGCCCGAGUCGGGACAGCCAGCACAACAGCCGGCUGGAACUAUGCCCGAGUCGGGACAGCCAGCACAACAGCCGGCUGGAACUAUGCCCGAGUCGGGUCAGCCAGCACAACAGCCUGCUGGAACUUUGCCCGAGUCGGGACAGCCAGCACAACAGCCGGCUGGAACUAUGCCCGAGUCGGGUCAGCCAGCACAACAGCCUGCUGGAACUUUGCCCGAGUCGGGACAGCCAGCACAGCAGCCGGCUGGAACUAUGCCCGAGUCAGGACAGCCAGCACAGCAGCCGGCUGGAACUAUGCCCGAGUCAGGACAGCCAGCACAGCAACCGGCUGGAACUUUGCCGGAGUCAGGACAGCCAGCACAGCAACCGGCUGGAACUUUGCCGGAGUCAGGACAGCCAGCACAGCAACCGGCUGGAACUUUGCCCGAGUCAGGACAGCCAGCACAGCAACCGGCUGGAACUUUGCCCGAGUCAGGACAGCCAGCACAGCAACCGGCUGGAACUUUGCCCGAGUCAGGACAGCCAGCACAGCAACCGGCUGGAACUUUGCCCGAGUCAGGACAGCCAGCACAGCAACCGGCUGGAACUUUGCCCGAGUCAGGACAGCCAGCACAGCAACCGGCUGGAACUUUGCCCGAGUCAGGACAGCCAGCACAGCAACCGGCUGGAACUUUGCCCGAGUCAGGACAGCCAGCACAGCAACCUGCUGGAACUAUGCCCGAGUCAGGACAGCCAGCACAACAACCAGCUGGAACUAUGCCCGUGUCAGUACAGCCAGCACAGGAGCAGACCCAAGAUGAUAGAGUAACAGCUACAGCAUCAGCGCUGUCUUCAACAACGGAGGAUUAUUAUUAUAGAUAUGGUGCUGAUGAUGAUUAUAUGCCAGAUUAUGUGUUUAAAGACCCAGUACCAUUCGAAAAUCAGCUAGAUAAACCAGCUGAAAGUGUUGAUCUCAAUAAGAAACCAGAGCAAACAAAAUUAGAUAAAUCUGUUGGUUAUGCAGCUGAUGAUGAGGAGAGUUCUGGCGGUCACUUUAUGGCAUAUUUCCUGGUCUUUAUUGUACUUUCGAUUGCUGGAUAUAUCAUCUUCCAUAACAAACAAAAGAUAAUUGCGUUGGUCAUUGAGGGUAAGACUGGUAAAGGAGGUCGGCGACCAAACACUAAGGAUUACAAGCAGCUGAAGACUGAGGAUGUGAUGCCGUCGCUUGAGAAAUCCGCAUACAGCAAGGACUAUGUGUUCUAAUGUUCCGGCAGUAUGGCUUGCGGAAUGAAUCAAUCCUGACAGAAAUCCACCUUGAACAAUCUCAUGCUAUAUAUGAUGCUACAAAUAUUGUAAAAUACUCAAUGUACAUCAACAUGUGUUACAUGAUGGGCUUUGAUCACCUGGUAUUGAUAAUGAUAUAUAUAUAUGUAUAUUAUAUUGAUGUUAAUACUAUUGUUUCGCUGCAGUUUCGUAACUAGCUUCAGUGGUGGGUAAAUUCUACAUAAUGGUUUGCUCCAAUAGGGAUCACUGGUGAAAUUGCAUAUUUGUCAAAUAGAUGCAGAAAUGCUCGUUGUAAUUGUGGGAAAAUUUAAUGUUGAAGCAUUCCAAUUUACUUGCACAAACAUUCUCAGAAAUAUGACAUUCAAUUUACUAGUAAGUACAAUAAUAUGUUAAAUGUAGUCUAGGAGUGCUAUAGUACUUAUUUGUUGAAUCAGUCAGCUGACGGGGUUAGGGCGGGUAGGAAUAGAAAAAAAAUCAAAACCAGAAUUAUCUUUAGGUUUUUAAUCAACAGUGUGAUAUUUCUCAAAAUAAACAUGUUUGACAGAAGUCUAUCACAUAGUUACAGCUGUGUUUUAAAUGCUUUUUGUUGUUUAAUGAAGGAUUCAUCCUAUUGUUUAUAAAAGUGUGAUCUAUUAUUGUACAUUCCUGGCUACAUAGCUUCAUUUUUUAUUGAGCGUAUAGAAAUGUUGUUAUUGUUUUUGUUGGAAACAAAGAUCUUGAUGUUUAAGCAACACUUUCACCAAAUUCUCAAGUUGAAAAACAUGCUUGCCACAAAAUUUUCACCAUUAUUGUUUUUAUUUCCCAUGAAAGAUAAAGAAUUUAGAUAUUUUGAAAGCAAUUUGACCAGUUGCAAAUAACGUAAGCUUUUUUUUGUCUUGACUAGAUAGAGGUCAUUCUAACUUACCUUGACAUUGUAGGUAAAUCAGUUAUUUCAACAAGGUUAGAAGUUUGACAAUGUUGGUGAGUUAUUGUAAAUCAGUUAUUUUCAUCAGGUUAACCUUUAGCAUGCUAGAUAAAUUGUCGUCUGCUGGAAAUGUCGUCUGCUAAAAUUGUAAAGUUCAUUCAAUUUGCUCCAAAAUUGGAAGAAAUAUUGUCAGAGUAGCAAACAGCUUGGAACCUGAUCAGACGCCGAUUUAAUCGGCGUCUGAUCUGGUUCCAAGCUGUUUGCAAAGGCUGUUAAAUUCGCCUGCAGCAGGCUAAGGGUUAAAAAGAUCAACAAUGUUAGUAAAAGUACUUAAAAAUUGGUUAUUUUAACGAGGCUAAAAAUUGGACAGUAUUAGUUGAAUUACUAUUUUGAAGUUAAAAGUUGGGACAAUAUUAGUUGAAUUAUUAUUAUGAGACUAAAAGUUGGACAGUGUUAGUUGAAUAACUAUUUAGGAAGCAAGAAGUUGGAUAAUGUUAGUAAAAAAACUUUAAAAUCAGUUAUUUUAACAAGGCUAAUAGUACCGGUAUGUUGAUUAAGAACUCAAAAUUAGUAGGCAAGGUAGUAUAGCCAACUUGUUAAACAUGUAGGAAUAUCAGUUUGCAAAUAAAAGGUACGCGACCAUUUGCUUUUCCUGCAUUUUGGAGAUUGUAGAAGAGAAUAUUUUCAUUGACAGAUUUUUUUGUAGGAUUUGUAGGACCAAAUCUACCAGUGUGUGUGAUUUAGCUUGCUUAUAUUAGUAGGACUAUGAUUAUUUGUGCCAUUUUUUAUCAUUUUAUACGUAGUCUUGCAGUAUUUGGGACCUGCUUUGUGUAGAGUAGAUGAGAGCAGAUCAGAUGCCUUGGUAAUUUUAUUAAUGCAUAAUAAAGCAAUGAAUAUCACUGUCAGUUGGUUUGUUGACUCCCAGUAAAUAAUGUUAGAAUUUCAAUAGGCCUAUCUCUCUCAUAGUUUUGUUUUUAAAUUAAUGCUUGCUUAUGAUUUUUUUUAUUUUAAUUACUUGUGUUAUAAUAUAGUCUUCUUUAAGAUGUUCCUUGACUUUGUGUCAGGUUUUAAUCUCAGAAAUGUGUUAAACUAGGUAUUUGAGCUUUAGAUAGGAAAGUGUGAUGAGUGUAGUAUUGUGGUGAUGGUCAGUAUGGAAAAAAUAUAGGCUAUGUAUAAAGCUUGGAUAUAGUCCUCACUUUAUGUAAUAUGUCUGCACAUGCUGAUCCUAAUCUGGAGCUUUAACUGGAUCUGGAUGUCUUAAACUGUUUAUGAACAAGUAGAAAUAUCAAGGUCUGUUAUUUUAUUCAGGGUACUUGACAGAUUUACAAGUUGAAAAACCUGUAGCUUUCAGAAUUGGUUCACCAAAUUGUAGCUUAUCAGACUGGUUCACAGAUAUGUUGCUUUCAGACUGGUUCACAGGCAUGUUGCUUAUCAGACUGGUUUACAAUGGAAACACAGUAAAUAAUAUGUUUGUUAGCUAUUCACUUGUAAUAAGAUUAUAAAAGAAAAAAAAAACUAUUGAGGAUUUUUGCCACAGUUUUUACAAGAAAGUUUGAAUUUUGACUCCAUAUUCUUUGACAUUCAUCUUUGGUCAUUGAAUACUAUAUCGAAAAUAGAAAUCUGGUCAUUUUGGCAAGAUUGUUUAUAUGAUAAAUGUGGAAUGUACAGUAAGUAUUCGAUAAGAAUACAGAAAAACAUUUUUUUUAUUUGAUAGAUACACAUUGCAUUAUAUUUUUCAUAUGCAAUCAUUAUGCUUGUUCAUUGCUAAACAUUCUGUGAUAUAUUUUGAUCUUUUUAAUUCCAUGAGAUAUGUUGUCAGGCAAAUCAUUACUGUUUGCUGAAGCAUUCCUACGGUUAGAUCUGCAUUAUCCAUAACAAUGUUUUUCCUGGAUUUCACUUUUAUCGUAAGUUACUUCAAUUGAUACAAUAACCAUUCUAAACAACUUCGAGGGUGAAUGGAGGAACUUUUCACAUGUUCAAAAAAUCUUGAUUAGUUUUUGAAGUAGACUAUUGGCUAAUUUCACCAUGUCAGUUAGUAUCUUAAAAUUUGACUAGGAGGUAGCUUUUGUAAUGUUAAAUUAUUCAAAGCCAAGUUUGUACCAACAUUGUUACAUUACUAGGAAAUUCUUGAAGUAAUCAUUUGUCUUUGUGCACAUAUUUAUUCUAAAAGUGCUCAAAGCUGGUAAAAGAAAUAGUUUUAUUUUUCUAUCACAUGUGAUAUUGGUAAACUAUAAAUUAUAAAAGACAGUAGAUUAUCUGCAUUACAGGAAAAUUUGAUCUGCAGAUGUCUUUCUUUGACGGAAAAAUCUUCUUUGUUAUUUUUUAUAUUGUAAAAAAGUCCUAGUUCUAUGAAAAUUUAUUUAUUUCUUUUGUUACUGUGUUGGAAAUACAGUGAGUUACAGCACUAGUACUUGCUACUGUAAAUAAGAUUUUUUUUGAAUUUUGAUAUAUUUGUGGCGAAUAUUAUAUACAAUAACUAGAAAUUUAAGGUGUGUAACCCCACCAGAUCCAUACACUUUAUCCAUUGUUUUAUCUUUAAAGAUACAUGUCAGUCUGUAGUAACAUGUAAACUGUCAUUUAAGUCUGGUAGCUUACCACCGUUUCAGCCAUUAACAGUUAGUUCCUUUGGUAUACAUUAUGGAGCGUUGCUUUAAUCCGAACCAAGUUUACUGUAAGUAAACAGACCAACAUUAAAAUGUAAAUUGGCAACCAAAUAACAUGUAAGCAUUUCUUGUUAAGGCAAAAAGCCAGAUACAAAUAACUGAACAGAAGUUAUUUCAAACUUUGGUAGCCCAGGAACUAUACUUGUAUUUUAUUUAUUUAAAUGCAUUUCGUAUUCACCACAUUUUGCUCAAUUGAUAAAACAAUCACUGUUCUUUGUCCCUGUUAACAUUUUGUUGUGUGAUUAACAUAUUUCAUAACAGAGCUAUUGUUUUAUGUUUGUUUUCGUUUGUUGAAAUUAGUGUGCAUAACAGUCUGGUACUUGCCCCUUUUAUAUUGAUAGAGGGAUUGCAGACAAAUGGUUUAAAUGAGCAGUGCCAUGGGAAACCAACAUAGUAGCUUUGCGACCAGCAUGGAUCCAGACCAGCCUGCGCAUCUGCGCAGUCUGGUCAGGAUCCAUGCUGUUUGCUACCAGUUUCUCUGAUUGCAAUAGGCUUCGAAAGCAAACAGCAUGGAUCCUGACCAGACUGCGCGGAUGCCCAGGCUGGUCUGGAUCCAUGCUGGUCGCAAAGCCACUAUGUUGGUUUUCUCAUGGCACGGCUCAAAAACAUUUGUAGCGGAAGGGUGAGGAGUUUGUGUAAUAUAGUUCAGUUGUUUCUCCAUGGAGAUACACCUGUUAUAUUUCAAAGGUAAUUUGAGCCGUGCCAUGAGAAAACCAACAUAGUGGCAUUGCGACCAGCAUGGAUCCAGACCAGCCUGCACAUCCGCGCAGUCUGGUCAGGAUCCAUGCUGUUUGCUUUUAAAGCCUAUUGGAAUUGGAGAAACUGUUAGCGAACAGCAUGGAUCCUGACCAGACUGCGCAGAUGCGCAGUCUGGUCGGGAUCCAUGCUGGUCGCACACCCACUAUGUUUGUUUUCUCAUGGCACGGCUCAUUUAUCUACUUACCUGUAAUCUGCUACAAGCAUUUAGAGGAAAGGUAUUCUCAUCCAGAUUGUAACAGCUUACAUUGGCUGGCAAUUACUAUCACAGUCUAAUUUUAUCAUCAUAUUAUAGGCAAAUGUGAAUAUCAAACAUAGUACAUUUGAAUCCCGUCAAAGAUGACCAAAAGGUUAUUGCAUGGGUUUUCUGUGAGAACACUCAAACUGAUAGUUUUCUACGACUGAACCCUCAAACACAUUCUCACACCAAUAGUUUUCUGGAUUAUCAUUAAGCUGCCUCAUUUAUUUUCUAGUAAAGGCAGAGGAAACUUUGGAGUAGAGAUGUUGGUAGAAAUUAAUAAAUCUGACAUAAAGACAAGUUGAAUAUACUCUGUUUGAUAUACAUGCAGUAUCCUAAGAUUCUACGGAAACGUUUAUAACAUCGUGAAGCAUUUCUUUGUAUAUUUCUACACAUGCAGUUGAAACUCCCUAUCUCAAAGUUCAAGGGAUGUGUAUGUUAUUUUGAGAUACGCGAAAUUUGAUUUGAAAUUAUUUUUUUUUGCACAUAUUUUUUGGACUGUACUUGAAAACGUCUUCAAGAUUGCCGGAAUUUUGAAUUAAGCAUACUGGAGAUACGUAAUUUCAGCUGUAUGUAAAAACUUGCUUGACAAAUGUACACUGGAUAAUGGUCCUUGCGCUACUGGCAUUGUUAGUGUUUUGUUUGUUGUUUUAUGUCUCUUUGUAUAUCUUUGCACAAGUACACAUAGAAGGUAUGUUAUGUUUAAUGUUUUUUUUAUGUUUACUUGCCCUCUGUUUAUUUUAACACUAUGGGUUAUUUAAUAAGUUCGUAUUUUUGUAAAUAUUGGUUUGCAUAUCAUGAUGUGAAUAAAGAGGUUAAAAUACA